AGCUGAUUUCAGGAACGUAACAACUAGACGCCAGAAACAUCUCCGGCGUGACAUCCGUAACCGUACAUACCCGUACAAGCAGGUGAGAAAAGGUCACGAGAAGUCAGAUAGGAAACAGAAAUCCGGGUGUCAUGAGAUAACUUGUAGUCUGACACUUGGUUGGUUACUUGAUUCUGAUACUGACAUCAGUUUGACGUCAUUCUGGUCUUGUUUGUCAGAAAGAUGCUUUAGGAAAAGAAGAUAAUAUGGCAGUUUCACCUCUGGAACUAAGCGUCGCAGUUGUCGUCGCGUUAACGUUUCUGAUUGGUUUAACUUUCGCUAUCUAUCGCUACUACAAGCGUAACAACAAGACCCAGGAUUCUUCUCAGCUUGCAGAGCCCUCUGUUUGGAAAGAGAGCAAGGAAUCUCGAGCCAAAGUCCUCGUAUUGACCGAAAGCGGAGCAACAGAGUCUCUCCAUCCGCAACAGAAUUUCAGUAUAUUCCGAGAGCAACCACAACGAAAGGCUUCACGUUUUCCGGCAUUUUGUGCCGUGGCCCCGACGGUGACCUCAGCGCAACCUAGCGGUCCCGUUUGUUCUGUCGUUAACACGGCUUCAACGUCGACCGUGGGUUCUCACUUGAAUGAACUUCAUGUGAGAUUAUCUCUGCCUGACGUUAACGUUCCGGAGGAAGAAGUAUCUCCAUCACAAUCGAGUUAUUCUCUGCCGAUGAUGCGCCGAGCUCGUUCAAUCGAUGUCCGACAGCUUCCACCAGUCCCCCUGUUGUCAAUUUCGGGUCGUACUGACAACCAGCAUUCGACGGUACCUAGUGAACCUCGAAGUCCAGUGUCACCGCAUCAUCGAGCUCCUUCUCCUGACACCUCCACAUUGUUCCCUAUACCAGACCCAUCGUUACGCUCUACAUGUUAUCUUACAGGUGCACGACCUCGAUCCGUUUCUCCAGCUUCUCCAUUGUUGUCACCUUCUUGUUCGUUGACCUCAGAGUCCGCCACCAGUCCUGGUGCUAUCAGUCCUAUAGGGGUCAUACAACCUGACCUAUACAAGACACAAGACAUGGUGUUUCUCCAAACUAACGACAGCGAGGAAGCUGACAAGUAUGGUCGACUCCACUUUCGCUUGAAAUAUGACUUUGAUCGAUCCGAUCUAGUGGUCCAUGUGAUUGAAGCCCAAGAUUUAGGAACACUGUCCGAAAACGGUUUCAAUGAUCCUUAUGUGAAGAUAACCUUAUUGCCAGAAGUCGACAGCAAACAAAGACAGACCGAUAUUUGCAGGAAUUCUACAGACCCAGUAUUUGACGAAAUAUUCAAGAUUCCCGUCUCUUUCGAGGAGUUGUAUGAAAAGAUGCUUUUACUACAGGUCUUUGAUUAUGAUAGAUACUCAAGAAAUGACGUCACCGGUGAAGUGAGAGUACAGAUGCGUGAUAUUGAAGUAACGACUGAGGUUGAGGUUUGGAGUAGCAUAACCAAGACAGAACAGGUCUCGCAAGAUAGGCCCGAGAUUUUGCUGUCGCUCAACUACUUGCCUUCGGCUGGACGACUGACUGUCGUUGUACUAAAAGCGUCGAACUUGGUUUCGUCUGACAAUAAAGGAUUGCCUGAUUCUUAUGUAAAGGUUGGUCUUACAUGUGGAUAUAAAAGAAUGAAAAAAAAGAAAACAUCAAUCAAAAAAGGAUCAAGGAACCCAGUAUGGAACGAAGCACUAAGUUUCGAUAUCUCAGAAGAAGACCUGAAACACUCUAGCCUUGUGGUUAAUGUUACCAACUGUCACCAUGGCAACUCCUCAUAUUUGGGUACGUGUAUCCUUGGUGAAAGUGAGAAUGGUAAAGAAUCUUCUCAUUGGGAAGACAUGAUACUUAACCCUAGAAAAUCUAUGGCCAUGUGGCAUAAUCUCCACUUAUGAUUGUUGUUUGUUUGAGCUGGAGUUGAAUGUAAUUUAAGGCAGCAUUUUGACGUAAUUCGUCUCUUUCUUUCUUUUUGUAAAAAAACGUAAAUUUGUUGUCAUUAUCAACAUUAAUUAAUGUCUGGUGCAAAACGAUGCAAUGGCUUUUCUGUCUGUACUUCUGUUAAAGGAGAAUAUCUUGUAAAUUUGAACCAGAACUGCUAUAUCGCCUUUAGUUUACAAUAUGCCGAAAGUACAUUGAAAAAUUAAACUAUUCUAUUAAUAUCAGUGUCAAUAUUUCCUCAGGCUAUAUAUAGCCUUAGCUGUAUUGUGGUUCAUUAUUCGGCCUGUAAGUUUUAGGAGAUUUUUUUCUUCUUUUUACUGUAUAUAAAUCUAUAUACUCUUUCAAGAUGGCAUUAGCAGAGAGUCUCUGGCUGUUUGGCCCCAAAACGACGCUAAUAGCGUAAGGCCGAUCUCUAUGGAAAAAUGAGCCAGAAAUCAGGAGAAUAAGUGUUUAGUGUCCGCAAAUACUAUCUCUAUGAGGAGUAAAAGCAUCUAAACAAGAGAACAGUAUAUUUCUUAUUAUGUUUUGUCUUUAAAUCUUCUGCUCACAUUAAUACAAUAAGAGUAUCUUGCAUUGUAAACAGUAUGUCAAGACACUGAUGGACAAUCAGUUGAAUAUAGUAACUAUAUGCUUAUACAUCGAUACACACACACACACACACAAAGAAGAUAAUUUGGCUGAAGUUCUUUAUCUGGUUAAAGAUUGAAUAAGUUUAUGCUAAGAAAACAGUUUGGAUGAGGAAUUUGAUCUGAAGUUGUUUAUCUGAUAAGAUCUAACUAGAUGCAUACAAAAACCACAGGGAGGUUUGGCACUAAAGUUACUUUAUCUUGAUAAGAUCUAACUAGAUGCAUACAAAAA